CGAAGCUAACCAUCUCCAACACCCCAUUUUGACAAUCCCACACGCUUAGACCAUUUUCAUCAGCCAAACUUCUUCUCAGGGAUCUCCUCCGCCGCCCGUCGCCCGAACCGCGCAACCGGUCGUCCGUUCCGCCCCUCUCUCUGAUUGCAUAUUUGCUUCCAAGAUGUCUGAGUUGAGAACAAGGACUGCAUCUGCCAAGCGACCGUCUGCCCCGGCCACGAGCGAAGCUUCCAGCAGCAGCGGCAGCGACCAUGAGCCGGAGACGCCCAAGAGCCUCCAGCGGCCGUCUUCCUUCUCGCAGCGAGCGAUAUCGCAGACUCUCACCGGCACGGCCAACCUGGCCAACCUCCUCCCGACGGGGACCCUCUUGGCCUUCCAGCUCCUGAUGCCGGUCUUCACCAGCAACGGCUCGUGCGACUCCGCCACGCGUCCGCUCACCAUCAUCCUCCUCGCGCUGCUCGCCGCCUCCUGCUUCCUCGCUAGUUUCACCGACAGCGUCAGGUCAUCCGAUGGCCAGGUCUACUAUGGAUUCGCGACGUCGAAAGGGUUGUACCUCUUCGACACAACCGUCCCGAGCACGAGCCUGCCCGAUAUGAGCAAGUACAGGCGGGGGUUCAUAGAUUGGGUCCACGCGCUGUUGUCGGUGCUGGUGUUCGGAGCGGUGGCCUUGCGGGACAAGAACGUGGUGAGUUGCUUGUACCCGAACGCCGGACACGAGGCACAGGAGGUUAUGGACAUUGUUCCGGUUGGAAUUGGCCUCAUCUGCAGCUUGCUCUUUGUUGUUUUUCCUACAAGAAGGCACGGAAUCGGGUAUCCCGUCACGCCGGGAAAGUAAUCAUUUAUUGUUGUGUUCAUCAGGUGAUAUGGUCUGAUCUGAUCUGGUCAAUCACUUGAUUUGAGUUUGGGGUCCUAACUCUUUUUUAAAUUCAGAGGGGAGGUUGUAGUUUGUAUCAAAUAGUCACCUCGGUCUCUUUUCCUCGUCGAUUUAUCAGUUUUAGUCAUAAAUAAGAAGCCAGACAAUUGUCUGACAAAACAAAUGGAAGCAUUCGCAGCAAAUAAGAAGAAAAUGGUACACGAUCAGUGCCGGAGCAAAGUUGAAUAGACAAUCAGUUCUUAUAAUGUA